GUGACCACGCGAUUCAUCCGUUAAAACCCGAAUCUGUUAAGAUGGUGCUUAGACGAUACUUUGAUUUUCCUUCAUUAAAAUGCGAAAUAUAGACGCCUGAAGAAAACGCCAGUAUCGUAGCUUCUCCCGAUCUGCAUAUUCAAAGAUAGUCCGUGACGAGGGAAGAACCUCAUAGAUCAGACGGCUGAUGCAGGUGCAAAUCUGCUCGAAUUUUAAGUCAUCUAUGCUGGAAAAAUCAGAACGAGGUUUUGAGGAGAAACAUGGUCCCGUAACGGUCAUUCACUUUACAAAUCUUUCCAGCUUUGGUCUAUGAAAUUUCAAAUUCGAAAUUCACAAAUAUUCACUGCAUUUCAGGGCAGGUAAGGUUAGGUCUCAAACAUUAGUUGAGAAGCUGCAUUAUCGAGUUAAGGCUUGCAUACGUAGGAUUUGUUUACUUGAAUUUUUGAAGGAUAUGAAGCGGUUUUCGUGAAAGAGGGUGGAUGUCAGUCAUUGGAAGAAAACAAACCGAACUAUUUAGUAUUUGACAUUGAAACCAUUGAAUUUCAAACACUUGCUGGGACAGGCCUAGAAAUGUCAAGCUUUUCCCGAAAUUCUACGUUUUCACGUCAGAAAGGGCUAAUCAUUUACGGUUUACCAGACUAAGGGUUAAAUUUUUUCCAUGCAGUUGUCGAAAAAGUGGAUUUAGGCCAUUUGUGAUGCUGAAAAGCUGGUUCAAGUUACUCAAUCACGAGUCUUCGCACAGAAGGGACGAAUAUUAGAGCAGAGAUUUGUUGAUGCAAGCACAGAAAGCACCAGACUACAUGGCAAGCUCUUUGGAAAAAAAUGUGCAAGGCUAGUGCCACAGUUGUCUGACAUUUUGAGCAGGUUGCUAGAUUUUGUGCGCAAGCUAUUCUGUACUAUUCUGUUCAAAAUAUUCGCUGGAUAAGAUCAAGUCUCAACAGGAUCAAAAAUUGAAUUUCAGAAAGGAAAGGAAGGGCCACAAGCCUUUGGGUGGCUCUAAAGGUCUCAGGAUAUAUAUUCGUGAUUCAGCUCGUAAAAGAUUAAACAGGAUGUUCUAUGGAACGGUGGUUUGGGAUCCAUGGCUGAUAGUCUCUCAGAUUGUCUGUCUACAAUGCCUCUAUUAUCUCAGUCUUGGGCUCUUUAUGUGGAUUCUUGUGGGAUCAAGGGUUCCAAGAUUGACACUUUUCUAUUUCUUCGAUUUCACAGCACUGUCAGUCUCGACAGUCACUGGAUGGUGCAUAUUGGGUGCUUUCUUUCUCAAUGCUCUUGCAGGAGCUGGCUACAUGUUUCUGUUGGUAGAGAGGGCUAAAAAGUGCCUGGAUUUUUCUGCCACAUUGUAUAUUAUCCAUCUUUUUUUGUGCCUUCUAUAUGGAGGUUGGCCAUCUUCUAUUACUUGGUGGGUUAGCAAUGGCAUUGGUCUUGCACUUAUGGCUCUGCUUGGUGAAUGGUUAUGUAUAAGGCGUGAAUUGAGAGACAUACCAAUCCGAAGUUCUCGUGCAAGUGUCUGAAGAAUGUGCUUCAGGAUCGUAUGCCUUUCUUCUAAAUGGAGCAUUCAUGGAGAGAGCAAUAGGUUGCUAAAAGUUCCAGGUGCUUGACUGGCUUCAGCUGCAACUUAUGGUUUGAUUUUUUUUUGAUAAUGGGAAAAAGAAAACAUUUAGAAGGAAUUCUUGGCAAGAAAGCCUAGGAUACUAACCUGUUAUGUCCAAAUGCCAUAACUCCACUUCAUUAAACAGUCGGCAUUUUUGUAACCUUCUGGCUUCUCAUGCUGCAAUAUUGGUCCGGUACUCAAUUCACCAUGAUAGGAGUGGUGCUAAUUCUUGUUAAUUUCCGUAGCCCAUUGAGGAAAAUAUUUAGAAGCAGCUCAAGAUUCAAAUUUGGCAGAUGGCCUAUAGAGCAUCUUGCUCAACAUUUCUCAUAAACUUAGUGCUUAUUUGUGUUUAUUAGAUUGUGGGAGUGAGUAUGCUAUUCCUUUAAUCUUCCGCUCUAUUAUGCAUUGUGCCAA